GGUUACCACCUCUCUCCCAUCUUUCCAUUUUCCCUAGAAACGGAUAAGUGCUGCACACUGGUCAUAUGCUGACAUUUAUUAGUUACUGUAGAAUGUCAAUCAUGGCAAGCAUAGCGGCAUUGAAUACCAAAGCAGUGCUGCGGGAAACAGUUACUAUUGAUAUUAGGGAUCGCGUGCCAUUCACUGGCAGCUCGAAGAUUAGCUCUGUCAGCAAAACUUGAACAUGUCGACCUUAGAGCGUUGUCCUGUUGAAGUGCUGGAGGAGAUAGCUUCGUGGAUCAGAGGCGACCUCAGGAACUUCCGUUUAGUCAGCAAGUACAUUAACCAAGCAGCCCAACGAGUAUUUUGGGCUACACAUACCUUGGUGAUUGAUAUUGGGCCCGUCGACACCAUUAAGACCACACAAGGUCGAAGAUGCGCCGUUCUCGAUGUCACCAAGUUCAAUGCAGCAUUGAUGCUUCUCCGCGAAUUGAACUCUCAGACCCCGUCAUCCAAGUUUAUACAGAACCUAGAAAUCAAACUGGGACCUUGGGGAACACUCGCGCAACCACUUAACAGCGACGUACAGAAGCUCUCCAGGGAAACAUUGCCUAAUCUGCUUCCUGCAGCGUUGUCUGCACUUCAAGGACUGGUCUCGGUUCGAUUGCAUGUAAUGAUCACCAACGAUCCGGACUGGUUUCAUCGGUUGAUCUUCCAGCCUCUCGCUAAUCUCCCUCUCCUAUCCGAUCUGACCUUGGAGGACCAUUCAUAUCAUACCCUCUACCAAAAAUCACAACGCUGUAUACCGCUCCACUUUUUCAAUACCGGUAGGUUGAGGAAACUCAUCGUAAUUGGUCGUUCCCUAUCUGGGGAUAAAUUUCUUUCGUCCAUCUCUGAUCUUCUCAUUCACAAUCCCCACAUUAUUCAUUUAAAACUCGACGACUUCUCGUCCAUCGGAGGGCGUAAUGUCGCGCUCGGCGACCUUUUCCGUAGCACUAAGCACCAGUUGCUUCCCCUGAAAACCCUCCAUUUACAUGGGUGGUUUGCCGAUUUUUCGGAUCCCGAUUUACUGGCUCAUAUACGGACCCUUUCUUCAUUGGAGCUUUGCGGCCAUUUCGCAGAUUAUCCUGGUGUAUGGAAAGUUUUCCUGAGGGAGAAUAUCAUUCUUCGUAACAUUUCAUGCCACUCCGUCAAAGACGAGUUGAUGUCCUACCUUGACUCGUUUUCUGGAUUGGAGAAGCUCUCUGCCCCUUAUAACGGACUUUCGGAUGACAACCAGCGAGUCGAUAUUUUCUACCGCAGAACCCUUCAUAAUCAUCGUGAAUCCCUCCAGGAAGUUCAUGUUGGGUCUGUUUACGAAGGGCCAUGGACCAUCGGGCUGCAAAACGUGGACAUCUUCGACGGAUUUGAGAAGUUAGUCUUUGUCUCUGUGAGUUUGAAGUGGGAGGAUGUUCAUUUUGGUGUGGACGAACGUGAUGUGGUUGUGAGUAACCUACCAAACCAGUGGUAAUACUUACUCAAAUCACAAAUGGAGUAGACAUCGCUAAUCGCCCGGCUGAUAUCCCUCCCCUCCUUCCGACGUCUGAAUUUCACAAAAGUGGAAAAGAGAGGCGAUCGAGUGAUGCGCUACUUUGGCUGGUCUCCGUUCGAGAACAAGAUGGAGGACGACAUCAAGAAAGCCCUCGAAAGGGCCAGAAUCAGGCCAUCUAGGCCCAUUUCUUCGAUUCGCGACGAGGUCGAAGUCGUCACUCCGGCGGGUGAGGUGUACGUAUCUCGCAGGGAGGAAAAACAGCUGUUCACGUUCAAAAUUCGUUC